AUGGCAUACGUACCUAACGCGCAGGGACAUCGCUCCAUGCGCACAUACUUCCCAGCGUGGACUCGCCAGCAGCUUGCUGGCGCUCAGAAAUCCCCGCCAAAGGUUGCUCAAGAGUUCGGAAACAACGCUUAUUCGAGUUUCUCCCUGAGCAGCAACUGGAUUCUACGCCCUGAAGGCUUGGAAGAGUUCUAUGCAGAACUUCGGAAAGACAUUGUAAACCCCGAAGUCACAUACAACAUCAACAGGGGGUGCUUCGAGAUACGAUGUCUCCGUGGCAACGAGGAACAAAUCGUGACCAGCGCCUUCAGGAUCUUGAACCAGAUGGUCUCAUCUGAGCUGGGCAACCUUCCGCAUGAUGAAGUACCUCCGACUUUGAACGUGAGCGUUUCUCUCAAUUCCCGGGCUCAAGCUAAGUAUGAGCAGAAAACCAAUAGCAACAGGAUCAUGAGCCUCAGUGAGUGGAGACUUCAGUCACUCAGUCAUAGCGAGGUUGCUGCAUACGAGUGGUUCUCUUACCCUAGUGAGAUCAAGGCUCUGGGUCACAGAGCCACGUGGCGUAUGCCCGAGAACAAGGCCAAGGAAGGAAUGACCAUCAAGAAGUUGUUCCUCGACUGCGAUCCUGUUGAGUUGAUCUCUAGUUCUACUGGAUGUGUGGUGAUGGGAGGUACUGAUGGCCUCUCACUCCAUUUCGGUUCUAACGAAAUCUCGGACGUAUCGGCAGCCUAUAACAAGUUGGACGUCGCGCUGAAGUAUUAUGAGAUGGAGCCCAAAUUAGGAGGGACACAAGUCAAUGUCCUCUACACUGAGCAGACAGAUGGCAAGGCCAUUACCGAAGUCGAACUUCGAUACUUGGGUCAAACAAACAGGAAGCGUUAUUUGACCCCUGUGUUCCUUGAUCCGACCAAGUUCGCGGUGGAGAAGGACUAUGAGAAGCUUUUUGAGAAAGGAAGUUUCGUUCGAUCUGUCAAGGAGCCAAAGCCUGGUCAUUCUGCAACUAGUGAGACAUCUCCUACGAUAUCUCGGAAGAGCUCCAGGCACGAAUUUCUUGCCUUCGAUAAAUGGUCGUUUUCCGACAAAGUCAUGAAUUGGGAUGUUAAUGGAGUUUCGCCGCCCAGUAUCCCCCAAACGCUGGAGGGUGCGAAUAGCACAUGCUUAGAGCGGGUCAAUCCACAAGCCGCUCCUCGAGUUCUCGAAUGGGCGACCACGCUCCCAACCUUCCCGAUCCGCUCCGUCGCAACGUCCACGAGUGUUGCAUCUUGGGGUGCCAACAGACACAAGCAACCCACUCUCGACCACGUCGGGCAUAAACCCCUUCCUAUCGAGGAAGAUCUCAUGACUUUCGAAGAGACUACAGUGGCUACCCGUGCUGAUGGAGACGAACAGCCGGGUAUAGGAUUGACGGCCAACCGUUUCCACCGUACUCCCAUCUAUCAGUCUCGAAGCGAAAUGGAUCCAAGCCCCCAAACCACAAACGCCAGUAGCCAAGUUCACCAGCGUACCCCGUUAUCACGGGAUAAUCGCAUCCAGAAUAUUAAGAACCAGCUCGUUACGCUUGGCAAGGGUACCAACAGCGCUACCAGUACUCCGAACAAGGGCAAGAAGCAACUAGAGGAUCCAUUCACCAAUGGAGGAAAUCUGCAUAUCCGCUCUGACGAUGAUCUACUUGGGAACACCGUGGUGCCGAGCUCACUACAAGCUACCAGACGGGAAGAACCCCACGAUCUGUUGAGUUUCUCCCCUCAUGAAACUGUGCUUCUAGCUCGACCUCUUUCUCCCAUUCGAGUCGUGUCACCUGUGGAGAAGGAACCAGGUCAGUACCAUCAGACCAUGAAGCAAAAGGCGGCAAGUAAGACUCAGGACCGAGAGAUGGAAGGAGGGUCUGCGCCUUACAUUGACUCCGCCGCUCAGAAGAAGAUCAAAGGGAGCCUCUAUCAGAUAUUCGCACCGCUCCGAGUAUAUCAAGGCUCUGUGACGUUAAAAGCAGAGCUGGGCAGGCUAUGGUUCACCAAGAUCAACUACCAACAUAUGACUAUUCCCAAGGAGCCUCGAGGUCCGCGGACAUUGUCAGUACGAGAGAUGGAAGAUCGACUUGAGAAGCACACACAGCCUCGGGACCUCUACUUCUCGGAUAUCGUCAGCCUACGUGGCGAAGACAUGAACUAUCUCAGCAACUUGGUCAAGUCUAAAGACACAUACUCAGAUAUGUGGCAGAGAUCCAAGCGACGGGCCUUCUACGAGUUUUGGUGUAUGACCACGGGCGACUACGGAGUCAAGCACUAUUUCGUUCUUGAAAUAGAUGCCCAUGACUUCUCCUACAAGCUUCGAAAAGCGGACACCAAGCAGAGCAAUAUCUAUGUUCACUGCACCCAGCGAGACUUUGACCUUAGACUUGUAGUCGACGCGCUUCCGGAUAUCGAGAAGAAUUGUAUGUCCUUCGCUAAGGAGGUAGUCGCAUCGUUGGAGGUCAAGCCUCAACCGGACGGCUCCCCUGUCCUGGGUUUCGUCAACUUCCGGGGCUGGGGUGUCGAGACCAAAUCCGUCCGCAUUCGUCAGGUUGCCACAUUUCAGAACCGCGAGAACACCUGCCAGCUUCACAUCACACGCGUGCAGUGCAUGAAAAAGGCUAUCGUCGCCAAGGGCGACGACGCGUUCCAAUUCCGCGCCUACGCCGACGUCAGCAUCCCCCACGACGGCAUCGCCCCGGCCUGGUUCGAAGCCCACAUCACCUCCAUCAAAGCGGAUCAUGCGCUGCGCGCCAACAACAGCCUGGAAUUCUUGCAGGAGGCCGAGUGGACCCCCGAGUCGCUCGACAAAUCCGGCGCGUUCGACGACCUGCUUAGGACCGCCACGAGUGUUAUCAAGCACAUGGACGGCGUGGGCGCCUCGUGCGACAACCGCCUGGACGACCUGCGAUACGGCUAUCCACCCUUCACCAGGGAGGAUGUGGCCAUGCAGCAACGAGCCUCAGGCCCCGCAGAGUAUUAUUGGUAA